GCAGGUGACAGUGCCGCUCUCCAAGGCACAGAUAGGGCACAGAGAAUGGAAGGGGUGCAGGUGACAGUGCCACUCUCCAAGGCACAGGGGCUGCCCCUGUGCUGCCGUACCUGCACCCAGGCAGGGCAGGGGCCCCGGGCUCCUGGUGCAGAGCCUGGGGCUGGCUACUCCCCUGGCUGGCUGAGUGACACUCCCUGGGGUAUAAAAGGGCCCCUGGGCCGGGCUGUGCUGGGUGUAGCUGAUAGAGCAGCAGGCACAGGGCUCGUUCUGGGAAGCUGCAGAGCCUGGGUGAGGUUGUAGCCACCAACAGGUCUGAGCCACACAAAAUGCGUGAAAUCGUGCACCUGCAGAUUGGCCAGUGUGGGAACCAAAUUGGAUCCAAGUUCUGGGAGGUGCUUGGUGAGGAACAUGGCAUUGACAUCACUGGGAACUACCGUGGGGAUUCCCCACUGCAGCUGGAGCGAAUUAAUGUGUACUUCAAUGAGGCUUACUCCCAUAAAUACGUGCCCCGUUCCAUCCUGGUGGACCUGGAGCCUGGGACGAUGGACAGCGUCCGCUCCAGCAGAAUCGGGCCCCUCUUUCGGCCUGACAAUUUUAUCCAUGGUAAUUCAGGUGCUGGCAACAACUGGGCCAAGGGCCAUUACACAGAAGGUGCUGAACUGAUUGAAAACGUCAUGGAUGUGGUCAGGAACGAGUGUGAGAGCUGUGACUGCCUUCAGGGGUUCCAGCUCAUCCAUUCCCUGGGUGGUGGCACGGGCUCAGGCAUGGGGACGCUCCUCAUCAACAAGAUCAGAGAGGAAUAUCCCGACAGGAUCAUGAACACCUUCAGCGUCGUGCCCUCCCCCAAGGUGUCGGACACGGUGGUGGAGCCGUACAACGCCAUCCUCUCCAUCCACCAGCUGAUAGAGAACACCGAUGAGACCUUCUGCAUUGACAACGAGGCUCUGUAUGAUAUUUGCUUCAGGACAUUGAAGCUCACCAAUCCCACCUACGGGGACCUCAACCACUUGGUGUCCCUCACCAUGAGCGGCGUCACCACCUCGCUGCGCUUCCCCGGCCAGCUGAACGCGGAUCUGCGCAAGCUGGCGGUGAACAUGGUGCCCUUUCCUCGCCUGCACUUCUUCAUGCCCGGCUUUGCCCCGCUGACAGCCCGGGGCAGCCAGCAGUACCGGGCCCUGACGGUGCCAGAGCUCACCCAGCAGAUGUUCGACGCCCGGAACAUGAUGGCAGCGUGCGACCCCCGCCGCGGGCGCUACCUCACCGUGGCCUGCAUCUUCAGGGGCAGAAUGUCCACCAAGGAAGUGGACGAGCAGCUGCUGUCUGUCCAGACCAAGAACAGCUCCUACUUUGUGGAGUGGAUCCCUAACAACGUGAAGGUGGCCGUGUGUGACAUCCCGCCGCGAGGGCUGAAGAUGGCAGCCACGUUUAUUGGCAAUAACACGGCCAUCCAGGAGCUCUUCAUCAGGGUGUCCGAGCAGUUCUCGGCCAUGUUCAGGAGAAAAGCCUUUCUCCACUGGUACACGGGGGAAGGCAUGGAUGAGAUGGAGUUUUCUGAAGCAGAAGGUAACACCAAUGACCUCGUGUCCGAGUACCAGCAGUACCAGGAUGCCACUGCAGACGUGGAGGAAUUUGAAGAGGUAGAAGUGGAAGCAGAAGCCAAGCCAGAAAAGGAAGCAGAGUAAAAAGUACCAAAAUAUCCUCCAAAUGAGCCUGCUAACAUUCACUAAAGACAAAGCAAUAGCCAUCAUCUGCAUACCCAAAAUAACACACCUCUUCAGAACUUCUUGUGCAUCUGGCCAAGUAUAUCUGAUUUACAACACAGUGCUUUUGAAAUUCAUGGCAGCUCUGCUUUACUGUCUUGAACAACUGUUGAGAUGGAAUCUCUCCUCAAACCAAUCCACUAUGAGGACACGUUAUCUCACACCAGCCUUUCCUGUAAAUGGAUUCACUUUCAGAACACAAUCACCAGAUACUGAAUGUACCAUACAGCCGCUGGGCCUGUGUAUAUAGACCAGGAUCUUAGGCAAUAGCAAAAUGUGCUGUCAGCUCAUCACAUUUAUUUAUUGUCAGGUAAACACAGCCCUGCUGACUCUGAACUCGUUACUGUUUUAGGAUCGUGUGCACAUCUCUGAGGCCUCCAAAGGCAGUGACUCUUUUAUCACUCCACAGACUGACGUAGAUCUGCAGAAACAACAGGGGGCAAAUGACUGAAUAUGCACAUUCUUAUUUUAUAAGUACUCUAAUUGUUUUAUCACAUUGCUGGCUUAUAUUAUUGCAGAGCUUGUAUUCAUUAUCAUGGUGUGGUUUGUUUCUAUUUCUAACUACAGGUUGAGUUACAUUAGCACACUAAGUUGUGACAUUGUGUAAAAGUUUUGGUGUGGUAUUUUUUUUCCUAGGUACUAACUACUGUAAAUUUUUUUCCUAACAUUCAGUACAACAAAAAUGACAUAGAAUGGUUUGUAGUUUGUUAAUAUAAAUUCUAUGGCAGUCACUAAAACAAAAUCUUAUUUUGCCUUCAUUAAAAAAAAUUCUUGUCAUCACAGCUGCCUACUUAAUGUAUUUAUAAUAUUAUUUUAAAUAAAGAUUAUAUACCAUU